AGGGAUAAACAAAGUCACUGGAGUUUUGCGAGUCAUCCGCAAACAAUUACACACUCCAGUCUUCACUUUGAACGUUUUCUCAACAGGAACCUCAAGUCUCAGUGUUACGGAUCUAGAUAAUGGCAUGAGAAAGCCAUGGCUCUAGUGGGUGUACCGGCUCUCCUGAUAUUGGCAGCUCUGUGGCUGCUGCUGCUCAUUUUGCCCCCAUCCCUCUGUGUGUGUCCGAGGUCCUGCAGCUGCCCCAACCCUAAAGAAGUCCACUGCACUUUCCGCCACCUCCCUUCUGCCCCACACAACCUGCCCCAAGACACUGAGAGGCUCAACUUAGGCUAUAACAGCAUUGGGACUGUUGGGUCUUCAGAUUUCGCAAACCUACGACAAUUGGAAAUGCUCAUGCUCCAUGGAAAUGAUAUUGCUUCUAUGUCUCCCGGAUCCUUUUACCAUCUGCAUUCCCUCCAGAUACUGAAGCUGAGCUACAACAAACUUAAUAGAGUUGACCUCAGCCUGUUCGAGGGCUUGACCAGCCUGGUACGGCUUCAUCUGGACCACAACCUCAUUGACUUCAUUGAGCCCUUUUCCUUUAAUGGACUUACAUCAUUAAAGCUAUUGCAACUGGAGGGGAACCGAUUGCGAGAUCUGCACCCAUACACAUUUAUUACCGUCUCAGUCCUAGGCUCAUUUUGGAGCUCAGGCCUGCGGCACCUGCACCUGGCAGACAACCAACUGGAAUACCUGCUGCCUGGCGCUCUGCAACACUUAGACAAGCUGGAAAUCAUCUCCCUGUACGGAAACCCCUGGACCUGUGACUGCCACUUACGCUGGCUCUUGGAAUGGGACAAAAAUCAUGAGGGAGUUAUUAAGUGCAAAAAAGUCCGUGAUUCUGCAGACAGUGGCAACUGUGCCAUAUGUUCCUCACCUCAGCCCCUGAACAACAGUCAGAUCUUCCAGCUUUCAACCAACCAGCUCACUUGUGACCGACCCUCCAUCCAGUCCCCACUGAAAAUCGGAGAAGGCAGCAUCUGGGAUGAUCAGGAACCAGAUGUCCCCUACAUCAAGGACCUGGAGCAUCCUCUUGGCCACCUGACCUUCGUUCUGUCCGAUAGCCAUGGGAAUCGGGCCCUUGUGGCUUGUGAUGUAACUCGUCCCAUUGAAGGUACCUCUAUGGUGUGGGAGCCAGUGAGGAGAUCAGAUGAGAUUGCUGUCAAUGUGACUCUGCAGACAUUGCUUGAGUGUGAGAUCGACAGGGAUGCUCUUCAGAACCUCUGGAGGUUGGUUGCCUACUACUAUGAGAGCCCAGCCAUUUUGGAGCGAGGAAACAGGCUUGGGAAUUCUUCCAAGGUGACUUUUCAGUACUCUCAAGCCACAAAUGAGGAAUCACCAUAUUUUACUGAGCUCAAAGGACACUUAAUGGCUGAACCAGAUUGGCUUUUGCAACCUAGGGUCACCCUUCAGCUUAACAGGCGCAAAACCACAACUAAGAAACUGGUGAUGAAUUUCUCCACUUUUAUAUCAAAGAACAUACUUGGAAGGGGGAACAAGGAGGAUAUGGUCUCCUCCUGGGCUAUGAUCCAAAGAGGAGCCCCAGAGAGAAUCCAAUCCAUACUAGAGCACUCUGAAGUCAGUCUGGACUGUAGUGUUCUCAGCUCAGGGCAUCAGCCAGUGGAGUGGAUACUUCCAAACUUAACAACUUUGGAUCAAACUGAUUCUCAUAAACUAAGGUGGGAAAAUAACAGAUUAGUCAUCAAAAAUGCAAGUAUAGCAGACUCAGGACUUUAUCAUUGCUUUGUAAGGACUGACAUCAAUGUGGACAUAGUCUCCUAUAGACUCACAGUCAGGGUGCGUCUCUUAAGUCCCAGUGAUUUAAAUGGAAAGAAGAUGUCUGUGGAGAAUGGGGACUCUCUUAGUCUUCCAUGUUUAGUAACUUCCUCACAGCCAAUUGAGACAAGAUGGUACUUACCAAACCAUAAGAUUUUCAAAGCAUCUGGCACAAAAGGCAGAGUGUAUGUAUCACAAAAUAACACUUUGUUUAUCAAAAAAGUGAAUUAUGAAGAUGCUGGAGAGUACAGCUGUUUAGCAGCUAACCUUUAUGGGGCAGACAUGUUAUCUCAUCUGGUUGUUAUAACUGGUGUAAAGGAAGAAGCUCAAAGAGGUGUUACACUGUCUGAAGGCAAAUCACCCCUUUUUGAGGGUGAGGACACCGAAGGGUCAGGAUACGAAGAAAUCAAACAACCAACUGAUAAACUCACACCUCAAAGGGUGGAUGGAAAACACAGAAGCAGCAUUUUCCGACCAAAUGCCAAAGGAAAGAAAAUCAGAAAACCUAACAAUUCGGUCAAAGAGCUUGACCCCAGCCGCUGGGAACAGAUUCUUGCAAAAGCUAAUGCCAAAGUCUCGACCGCAUCACCAGUUACAACACAUUUAGAAACGACAACAACAUCAAAAACAGUGCCAGAGCCUACAAUGAUUAUAACCACCAACACUUCUUCAUCCAAUAUCUCUCCAACAACAAAAACAGGUGUUGCGGCUAGUGGUACCAGCACAAGUUCAAGUGUACAACAUUUCAAUGUGAAACAGCUGGGAAUACCCCUCCACAGAGAGCAUGUAAAACAAGAUACUACUCAGGGAGAACUAUCAAAACACAAGACCAGUGAUUCUAACAUUUCAGAUUUGACUUUAGCACACAUAGACACAACAACAGAACCUGAGUAUAAAAUGCAACUGGCUAAACAGGUAGACAGACAUGCAAUAGAAGAGAAAAUAAGAGCUAACAAUAAUUCCAUCUGGAACCAAAGGAGAAGAUUCCCACAUAGGCAACGUAGGCCUCCAUCACAGAGGUUACGCCCAAAGAAACCAUAUUUCACCCCAGCUCCCACUGUAACAGUGCAAUUCACUCAGAUGCCACUUAGAAUAUCAAUUCCUAAAAAAAGUGCAGUGACAAGCAUUGACUCUUUUACAUCAAAUCAAAACAAUCUAGCCACAGCAUCAAUGACUUUCAUAGAAGUUUCUAUUGCACAAACCCCAGUGACUGAAAGCUUAGCUAAACGAGUCACAGAGGAUCCAGAAUUUCCUAAAACCACAUUCAAAAAAGAGGAAAAGCUAAUUGAAAUAAUUACAACACCUUUGCAAGAAACUGAAUUAGCUCCAACAACUCUUGCACCCAGACAUAACAAAUAUGAAAAUGAGAACAGAGAGACAAUUUUGAGAAGUAAUAGCCAGACAAAUCAAGACAAGACAGGACAGAUAACAGCAAUAAAAAUCCCCAAUGUUCAAACCAGCAAUCCUCCAGUGACACAAAGAAAACCUACGACUGAGAAGCCAAUCUUAAUUAAUGUAGACAGACUGAGAGGCUACAGCUGGGGAAAAAAACCUGAGAUUGAAGCUGUUCCCCUCCACCCUUGGCUAAUCCAAAAGAAUACCCAAAAUAAACAAAUCUCAAUUACACCCCGUCCCUUCACUCAGGCUCCCAUUUGGGCCAGAAACCAUGGCAUUCCAGUCUGGCCCACAGUUCAUAAUUCACGACACCACCCCUCCCGAGACAAAACAUGGUAUUUCCUCCAAACAGGAGGCAGGGGUCCAGGGAUCACCAAUCGACCUGAAAUCACUGCUGAGACAGCGAAGCCCACAGCUUACGUUUCUGGGUCAGCGAAAGCUUUCUUUCCAAGGACCAUAGCUCCACAUGUCAGCUCCUUGUCUCAUGUACGAGACCACUUGCUCUUCAAAAGGCUCAGAAACAGAUAUAGACAAUCACAGCUUGACGCAUAUCAACUUGCCCAGCUAGGCAAGCAUGUCACUGUUAAACCAAGGACAUAUCAGCCCACCCCUCAGCCUCACCAAGCAACAUUUUCAAACAUCUAUAAGCCUGUGACUCACCCGUCUGUCCUAACAUACACAAACAAACCACCCAUCACAACUAGUGUGCCAAUUGGUAGUCGCUGGCAUUUUGGAGCAAAGAAACUGAACACUGAUAUUCCCUUUCCAAACCUAAUGGGCAGUGGAGUCAAACCCAGAAUCAUAACAACUGAAUCUGCCACUGUAUCUGCUCUAGCAGAAGCCAAUGUGCUUUUGAUCUGUAGAUCAUCUGGGGAACCCAAACCUGUUGUUUCAUGGACCAAAGUUUCAACGGGUGCAACAAUUCAUGCCAACACAAAACAUGGACAAAGAUUUGAGGUCCUUUCUAAUGGUACUUUUGUGAUUAAGAAUGUCCAGUUGCAAGACCGAGGCCAGUACCUAUGCACAGCACAAAACAAAUUUGGUUCAGACCGCAUGGUGGUGACUCUCGUCGUGCAAACUCAGCCUCCAAAAAUCAUGAGUUCAAAGGCAAGAGAUGUCUCUGCUUAUUUAGGAAAACCAUUCAGCUUGGACUGCAUUGUCAUGGCUAAACCCGAAGCUCAAAUCUCAUGGAUACUUCCAGACAGGGUGUUUGUGCGAGAUUUUGGUGGUACCCUUGACCGAAGUGUAUCCUUUUUCCCAAACGGAACACUGAGUAUUCACUCAGCAAACUUUUCCAAUAAAGGUGAUUAUAAGUGUAUUGCGAGCAACGCAGCAGGGGCUGACACACUAAUGUACCAUGUUCACGUUGCAGCUCUACCACCUACAAUUGUGGAGGUUGCAUCUGAGAGUAUCUUCAUGAAUGUUGGAAGAAGCAUACAUGUGCAUUGCACAGCUGAAGGAGAGCCAUUUCCUCAUAUUAAGUGGGUUCUACCUGACGGUUCUCAAAUGAAGCCCACGCAGUUCAUUGGAAGACGUUUAUUUAUUUUUCCAAAUGGAACGCUUUAUAUAAAGAAUGUCACUCCCAAUGAUUCAGGGAGGUAUGAGUGUUUGGCUACCAACCCAGUGGGCUUUGCUAAAAGAACAGUGCAGAUGGACAUUAGGCAAGAGGCUCCGGGCCCCUGGAAAGGCUUAUCUCAGCAACACAGUGUCAUAGCAACAUAUGGAUCAACAGUUUUCCUGCACUGCCCAGAGUCCAUAGGCUCCCAGAGAGGCACAGUUUGGAGACUUCCAUCUAAAUUUCUGCUUGAACAUCAGUACAGUCCACAAAGACACAUCACUGCUUUUCCCAAUGGGACUCUGAGAAUUCUCAGACUGACUGAGAAAGAUGGAGGCAAUUAUCUGUGCAUGUACCAAAGACCAAAUGGUGAGGACAUGGUGCUGUUCCAAGUAGAAGUUCUCAUGAGGCCACCAAAGAUAGAGAACACUGGGGCACAACAUAUGAGAGUUGCUAAUGGAGACAACUUCCUAGUGGACUGUGUAGCUUCUGGCCUUCCAGACCCUGAGGUAUCAUGGAGCCUCCCAGAUGGCACCAUGAUCAACAACGCCCUCCAGUCAGAUGACGGUGGAACCCGAAAUCGGCGCUACAUCAUCUUUGACAAUGGAACUCUUUUGUUGCAACAAAUGGGAAAGAAUGAUGAGGGCAAUUACACAUGCUAUGCUAAGAACAACCUUGGGGAGGAUGCAAUGAAAGUAAGCAUCCAAGUGGUGCCAAACUCACCCCAAGGAGACCAGAUAUCCAUGCAGGCAUCUUUUGGUCAAUCAGUCCAGAUGAAGUGUGAUGCUACAGGCAUGCCACUAUCUACAAUCAUCUGGAUCUCACCAAGGAAUGAGAUAAUAACCAGAUCUUCGAUUAAAUAUCAAAUACUGAAUGAUGGGACUUUGAUCAUUAAAAAAUUGACUUUGGCUGACCAGGGGAAGUAUGCAUGUGUUGCACAAAACCCUUUCGGAGAUCGCAUUAAGAAUGUGAAGCUUGUAGUUGAGGUUAAAGAGCCAAAUAUCAAUGGAAAAUGUGGACGGACAGAGAAGAAAAUUUUAGCGGUGUAUUACCAGACCCUACUGCUGGACUGCAAAGCAGAGGGUUUGCCUGAACCCCAGAUAACCUGGACAACACCCUACGGCAUGUCUUUGCCCGCACCGUAUUUGGGAGGCAGGUUCCAAGUCCACAGGAAUGGAAGUCUACAGUUGAGGGGUAUCCGAAAGACAGAUGAAGGUCGGUUUCUGUGCAUAGCUAAAAAUUACUUGGGGGAGGCAAGUCUGGCAAUUGACCUGGAAGUUGCAUCACUUGCAGAGAAGCCAAGCUUUCCCAUGCCAAACAUCGAGGUUCUCCCUCUCAAAGCAGAUGGUGAUGACAUCACGUUGGAGUGUCAAGCUACUGGAAAACCAAAGCCAGAGUUUCUUUGGAUUCUACCCAAUGGAACAGCGCUGAAUCCAGGUAUGAAACUCCAGCGGUUUACUCACUACCUGGGAAAUGGGACUUUACAUAUUAUGCAGCCAGUUGUCAUUGACAAAGGCGUAUACCGAUGCCUGGCCAAAAAUUUAGCUGGACAAGCAGAGAAGCGCUAUUCUUUAGAACCUGGACAAAAGCCACAAAUUAGAAAUUCAGCUGCUACCAUGAAGAUUUCAUUUGGACAGACUCUUAAUAUGCCAUGCAUUGUGGAUGGCUGGCCUCAAGCAACAAUUACCUGGACUCUUCCAAAUGGCCUGGUCUUGGACAAGCCUCAGGUUACAGGAAGAGUAAUGUAUUUAUCUAAUGGCACAAUUCAGAUACAAGAAACUAGCAAAUUUGAUAGAGGAACAUAUACCUGCAAAGCAACAAAUACUUUUGGAUCUUCAACAGUGUCAUAUCAUGUAAGUAUUAUGGUGUUUCCACCUCAAAUAACUCAUGCCCCGCCUUCAAUGACCAGAGUUAACAAGGGGUCAUCUGUGAUUCUGAACUGUAUAGCUGCUGGCAUACCCAAACCAGAUAUUUCCUGGACUCUUCCUGGACGUACCACACUUGUGCCCAAUAAUCGCUUCACAGCACAGGGUGGAAUUCACAUGACAGAGGAGGGCAAUUUAGUCAUACAGGACCCAAGCCUCAUGAACUCAGGGAUUUAUAAAUGUAAUGCCAGAAAUGCCUUGGGAACAGACUUCAAAGCAACAUAUCUUCAAGUGAUUUGAACAACAAAAAAAAUGUCUAGUGUCACAGCCAUGGGUUUGUAACUUUGUAAUUGCCCAUCCAAUGUGCCAUUGACCCAAGGCAUAAUGGUUUCUUUGUCUUUAUGUAUUUAAUUUAUGAAUUAUUGGUUUGUACAUAUUUAUACCUUAUAUUAGACAAAUUAAAAUGGAAUAAUUUUUACAUAUAAUUUUUUUCACAUUUUGAUAUGUUGCAGCCUUAUGCUUAAAUGCCUUAAACUAUUUUAUUUUUUCACAUCAAUCUACACUCCAUACACCAUAAUGACAAAG